UGAACAGCUGCAUAGUUAGAAAUACAGCUGUUAUACGCUUUCUGAAGGACGGAUGACGCUGCAAGUCAUCGUUUUCGCAUUCACUACAACGCUGUUCCUCACUCCGGGCGAUGUCCAGGGUAAAGACGGAGCUGCCAAGCGGGCAAAGAGGUCUCUCCUGCCUUACACAGAAAUUCUCAGCGGCACGACGCCAAACUUCCAGGACCUUGGCAGGGACGUAAAACCCGAUGAGAGGAUCCCCGACAUCACAAACAGCUCAGACGACUACGAAGAAGCAUUGAUGGAGCCUAUGACACUCGGACCACUGAGACAACGUCCCCGAAAACCAUGGGGCGAGGGCAGACCCAAGUCAAGACCACAGCAGUGAUGGCGCAACAAGAAAGACCGUGCCUUAAUUUCCGUGAGUCCUGGAACAGCGAGCGUCCGAGACAG